UUUAGCACCCUCCUUUGGCGGCAUUGGAAAGUUCGAAAUGGCGUCUUCAAACGGAGGAGAAGCCAACAUAAAUCUGCUGAGCGAGGAGCAGCUGGACGGACGACUGUCCCCGGAAUUAUGGCCCGAAACUAUUCCAGGGGUCACAGCGUUUGCCUCGCUUGUGCCGCCAAUGCAUUCUCGAAGCUUACAGCCAAAAUGGGCUCUGGACGAGGAAGGCGUUGUCAUGCUACAAGAGUUGGGAAGCCUAACGGCCUCUGCGCUCCUCGAGAAGGUUAAGGACCUGCAGAACUUGGCUUACAAGCUGGGCAUUGAGGAAUCACGCGAGAUGACAAGAGGUCGCUUCCUCGAUGUUCUUCGCAAGGACGAAGGUCAACAGCGAAGGGGAAGAGUGGGCAAGCCAAGCCAGUCUUGAGUCACUUGUGCCUCGAUUACGCCUGAACAGCAUCAUCCCUCAUCUAGACACACAAGCUGCAGUGCAUCCUCAUAAUAAAUCUGAGCAUCUUGUGGCAAAACAUAGCUAAUAAACAUAUCUUCACUGAAAAAACUACA